ACAGUGUCUGCAGUGUUUCGUAAUUACUCUGCUAUGAAGUGACGUAACCAUGUGCUGCUGUCCCUUUAAACGCGCUUUGGCGCGGACCGGAAGCAGGCGUGAACUUGAGGGUCACUCGCAGCUACGGCGCUCGUGACUUCGUAGUAGAGACUGGAGGCGCGCGAGGCUCUGCAGCUCCACUCUCAGAAGUGAUGUGGACACACGUGCUUGGCUUCACUGCCCUCCCUCACCUGGGUGGGUUUGCCGGGGCCCUCAUCACCCGCAGGGAGGUAAAGACCUGGUACCAGACCCUAACCAAGCCAUCGUGGCGGCCCCCGAACGCAGCCUUUCCCGUGGUGUGGACGGGCCUCUACACUGGCAUGGGCUAUGGCUCCUACCUGGUGUGGAAGGAGCUGGGAGGAUUUAACCAAGACGCUGUGGUGCCCCUGGGCCUCUACGGGCUACAGCUGGCACUGAACUGGGCUUGGACCCCCAUCUUCUUCGGAGCACACAGGAUCAAGCUGGCACUCAUUGAGGUCAUGCUCCUGACCGGAACAGUGGGCGCCACCAUGCUCUCCUGGUACCCCAUCAGCCGCCCGGCCACUAUGCUCAUGGUGCCUUACCUCCUGUGGCUCGGACUGGCCACAACGCUCAACUACUGCAUCUGGAGGGACAACCCUGAGCCCAAGCGGGACUAAGGAUCUCCACACAGGUGCCAUGGAAACAUUUUGUACCCUGUCACUACAGUUUUCCAACGUCAGUAAAGUUUUCUAUAUGCCGUUGCUCUGUGUGUCUCCUCAUUGGCGAGUCACUACUACCUCCUGUAGCUGAAGCGUGAAAGACUCUGUACGUGCAUCUCUGCUGACCAGAAGGACAUGACAAGGUUUCCGGUUUCCCUACAGGUGAGCUAUGACCAUUUCCUGGAAGAACGGCAUUAAGAGUGCUCAAGGUCCUGGGUGUUGAACCCCAAGCAAACAGGCUUCUCCUGUAUAAUGAGCAUGGACACUGUGAUACUUCUGAGCAAAUACCCUGUGCACCUAAAAUUUUAUAUAAUGAGCUCUGGCCUCACAUCUGAGAGAAAAGCCUUACAAACACAAUUUCAAUGUGAAACACAAGCCUUGGAAAGACAAAGCACCACAUGAGGACUUCAGCCUCUGUCCUUCAUGGGGCAUGGCUUCCCCUGUGCAACUCAGGUGUGUUACAUGAAUGUCUCAGAAAUCCUGUGACUUAGUAUAAAACCAUCAUCUAUCAUAAUAAUGAACGCUAGAGUAAAGUUUAAAGCGAUAAAAGACCCAAAGGCAAAGGAAAGCCUUACUGCUCACUUUAAAACUUGAUCUAAUAAAUGCAUAGAAUCCUCUGAAAGGGCAGUAUCACUAUGCAUUAUGUACAAUUACAUUUACUUUUUUUUCCCCUCAACUGAUAGCAUAGGAGUGGUGCAGCAGGGAGGAGUUUCAAAACUUGUAAUUACAUUACAAAAAUGUUUUAAGUAAUUUGAUACAGAAUAAAAGUGCUUUACAAUAAACAGCAUUAAAACAAUGACAAAGGAAAUAGGAAAACUAGGUAAAUGGUGACCUAAAGGAAAUAGAAAGAGGAACAUACUAAUAUGUGACUUUAAAUCCAGGCUCAAGACCCCCAUAUUCAAAGGCAUUUAUAGUGAUGGUAAUGAGGUUUAUUUUACACUUCAAAUUACUUUUUUUAUAUGAGGGAAGCCUGUAUUUUUAUAUUGUGUUCAUUAAAUACUAGAAUCAAACUAAGUGCAACAAUAUUCAAACUUUUGUGUAAAGAAAAUGUGGAAAUGGCCACAGAGAUGAAGCAUAAAAUGGCAUACAUUUUACUGUAAAAUACAACAAUAUGGCAGUUGCCCCAUUAACUUUCAAUGUCAAACACAAGUGCCACCACUGGGGGGGG